AUGCUGAAGACGCUGAUGGGAGAAGGUCUAGUCGAAGCGGACGCCCAGUCGGAUCCUUCCACCGACUUAGUGAGCGAGGCGUCUGACUUGGAGUGCAGCGACAGCCAGAGCGACGAUGAACCACAUGCGUUCUACACAGAGGACACAGUUCUGAUCUUCGAUUGGGACGACACGAUGCUUCCAUCCUCCUGGCUCUCAGAGCAGAGCCUGAGCCUGGACGAGGCAUCUCACAUCUCAUCGGAGCAAGAGGCACAGCUUGCUGUCUUGGCACAGACUGCUGCCAAGACCCUCCGCGUGGCCAAGCGCUACGGGAAGGUGGUUCUCGUCACCAACGCAGAAUGCGGCUGGAUUGAGCUGAGCUGUCAAAAGUUCAUGCCAUCACUCUACCCGCAUUUGGAGGAUGUGACUCUGUUUUCAGCGCGAUCAACCUACGAGAACCAAGGUAUGGCUGCACCCUUCCAGUGGAAAUACCUUGCUUUCGAGACCGAAAUCUGCAACUAUUACGAGUCCCUGACAUCGGAUCGUCUCAAAAAUGUCAUUUCCUUUGGCGAUUCCUUUCACGAGCGGGAGGCUGUCAUACGCGUUACCGAGCGUUUGAAGAAUUGUUGCACAAAGACCCUGAAGUUCACAGAUCGCCCAAUUCCGGAGCUGCUCCUGAAGGAGCACGCGCUCAUCCAAGGCUGCUUCAAAGACAUAGUAAGUCACGAUGGGAGUCUCGACCUCUGUUUCACCUGCUCCUGA